AAACCAUGCUUUAUCCUGCCAGUGUGUCCUGCGCAGAACAUAUUCAGUCACAGGAAACCCCUAAGCUCUCCUCCAGCACUCUAACAUACGCUCUCUCACACACUCACACACUGCAGCAUGCUCACAAAGAGGAUGGCCAUGAGGAGAAUGAAUGAGAUGUGCAGAAGGAUGGCUCUAACUUUAGUCUUCUAUGUUCUGCUGUUUCACAUUUGCCAGGGACAGUCUGAGACUACAGAGGAAGUAACACAUCAAACAAGUGCGAUCGUAAAGCUUAAUAGCACUCAGACGUUCUCUGGAGGAGCAACUGAUCCAAGUAUCACAAACUCCACAAACAGCCCAGCUACUGAGGUUAAUCAAGUUACUGAUCAACCUAACCCUUCAACCCAGGAUAUACUCACACUGUCAGCAGGAUUGCAGAGAGACACAGCCGUCAUCGAUGAACAUAAUCGUGAAACCCUAUCUACUCCUGAGACAACCACAUCACAAUCUGUGGUGCAUGGACAUGAUGAUCAAAUUCCACAAGGGGUAAGCAACACGGACGUACCCAGCAUUCCACAUGAUGAAAAAAUUAAUCACUCCAGUCCACUUUCUUCCAUUGCUCCACGGUCCAUUCCUGAUACUCAGGUAAGCAACACGGACGUACCCAGCAUUCCACAUGAUGAAAAAAUUAAUCACUCCAGUCCACUUUCUUCCAUUGCUCCAGAGUCCAUUCCUGAUGCUCAGUCUGGACAACCGCAUGUGUUUGUGCCCGUACUGGUGUGCGGGUUAAUCCUUGCUGCUGCCCUGAUCGGAGGAUAUGUAGUGAGGAACCGCUAUUGCAGAAAGGCCAGUGGCAUGAAACUAGCAGAGGAGUCGUACAUGACUGAUGAAGAUAACCAGGGCAACACUCUGGUGUCUGUUGCUCCUCUGAACCCACCUGAGAGCUCGGAGAAACCAAGCCAGAAUGGCGAGUCCCUAGAAGCCGUGAAGAUCCAAAAUCCUCCUGCCGCCACCAAUGGUCACUCUACCACCAAAGCUGACACUGAGCUGUGAGAGUCCGUCUCAACUACACAGGCUCUGGGUCAAAGUUCACCAUCCCAGGCCUACAAACAACACUAGGGAACUGAAAAAAAAAAUACUCUCUUUAUCUCAAUACAAUUAGUACAUAAUGAGGGUUAUUGAUAGUUAUUAUAAUGUAAUUUGGAAAUGGCUCUUGAUGAUGAUGAUGACCAGUUGGGUGGGUUUCCCAAAACGUUUGUAAUGCUAAGUACAUCGUUAUCUCGUUCAUAAGAAUGUUCUUUAAUUAACAAGCCUUUACCGAAACUCUUUACUAAUGUAGUGCGUCAACUUGUUUGUAAAUUAAUGAGUAACCUGAUCGUUUUUCAUGAAAUACUUGGUUAUUUGGAGCCUGCAUGCAGUUCUACCUCAAAAAGGCAGAGGCCACUCAUUUUUAUGCAAAAAAGCCUCACAGUUGUAUGGAGUGACUGUGAUCUAUUGCCCUGGUGUUAACUUGCUUAAUUAGCAUCUGUGAGUGUUCAGAGUGUAGUAGAUUCAAACCACAGCUUCGUUCACUGUCUGUGUGGGGUUACACGUUGUUCUUUAUUAAUCAUGUUAGCUAUACAAAACUGCAUUUAAAACUGUGUUCAUGUAAAUCUAUUCACAUGGAACCAACAAGCAUAAGAAAUGAAUUUAUGUUGAAGUAACAUAUUUUGUUUGUGUAGAAUCAAUGUACAAUUCAAUUAACUUUCAAGCAAAUUCAAUGAACUUUUUUAAUGUAGCUUUUGUACUACCUUUGUCGUUGCUGUUGUUGUGUACACUGAAAAAAAAUCACUGAAAUUUACUUGAUUCAAAUGUGUAUUGGUUCCAUGUGAAUGAAUUGAUUUGCAUUAACACAGGACUCGGGAGCUGAGAGGCAGUGACGCUACCCACUAGACUACUAUACUGCAUUUGGUAACAGCUCACACUCAUUCCACAUAAGUCAAGCUGAAAGAUUAGAUUAAACCUAGCAUAAGCAAUAACUGUGUGAUGAGUAACUGAACAUCUCUAAACAGCUGCGCUGAUGAAAGAAAAUUCAAAAAAUUUAAGCAUAAUAACAAAAGAUUUCACAAAUAAAACACUACACAGAGAGGGUAGAUAUCCCAGAAUGCACUGCCAUGAAUAAUUAAGUGCUAAAAGCCAAUCAGGCACUUCCAGGACCACAAUAUGUAAACUGUACAUUUAAUGUAAACGUUAUAUUUUCUCUUAAAUCUGACAAUAUAUUGCAUUUUUUCAGCGUUGCCCUUCCAGACAAACGUAAUUUCUGUUGUAAAUGGUUAUUUACAAACAUCAACAUCUGUUUAUGCCGUGUAAAGUCAUUGAUUCAUCUAAAAAAUUUACCUCCAGACUGUGAAUCGAAUGUUUGACUAUUGACUCGUGCGGUGUGCAGACUCGACUCGGAGUGGGCGGAGCCAACAAAGAACUACUUACAACUCAAUCUUUAAAUCUCUCAUAACGAAAGCUCCCAGGAAAUACUCACUAAAUAAGCUCAUACUUAACAUAUGUCUUUCUUAAAGUUGUUUGUUAUUCGCUAAGAUUCAUCGUUGUUGGGAAACCCACCCCAGGUUCUUAUCUUUUUAUCUGGUUAUAUCCUUUACCCUUCCCACACACAAUCAAACCUUUUAUGAAUAUCUAGUUGUUAACUUCUACAUAAAAAAUUAAGUUAAAAAUAAAGUUUGGUUGUUUGGGUGAUGAUAAAAAAACAGCAGUUAAAAUAUUACAUAAUGUUGUUAUAUGAUAUAGUAUUAUAUAAUGCUAGUCUAUUAUAAUGUGAAGAGUGCAAGUGCUGUGGCUCUCUGAGCUGAUGUUGAAUAAUGGUCUUGGGUGGGUGUCCUUCAAUAAGAUUGAUUGCUGGCUUCCAUAAGUGUAUACAGACUUGGACAGAGUUAGUCCCUGUUCGUGUCCCAAUGUUCCACAGUUUCCUAACCCUCCACAUGGCUCUCUGUUCAAGAGCACACUUCUUCUUGGGUCAUCCAAUGAAGAAAUGAUCAAAUUGAAUCACAUGGGAGUUCUGUUUGCUUGUUCUUUUUUUAUGCACAUGUGUGAAUUGUAUUUCUAAAGUUUCAGAUGCCAUGUGUGAAUUAUAAAUAUGAGUGAUGCCAUAUUUCAUUGGGUUGAUAUAAGAAUGUGUACCUAUGUUAACAGUACUGCUCAACCUUUGUUUAUUAAACAAUGUGACAAUGUGAUGACUUGGAGAGUUAAGGUGAUUGCACAGCAUUUGUUUGGUGCUGGACUUCAUUCGCUAACAAUUACCAUGAACUCCUUUUCAUCACUGCAAACCACAGCUCACACCGGACUUCAAAAUCCUGUAAAACAACCAGGGCUUAUAGGUGAUUGAUGAAGAUGACCUUUUCAAUGGACCAAGACACAUUUUGGAAUUGUAUAUUUGUCCUAAACCAGUAUUAUGCUCUUUUGUAAUAUCUCUGGAAUGUCAUAGUUGUAGUGGGCUAUCCUGAAAUCUGUCCUUCUUCUUUUAUUUUAAUGCAAUUAUUGAUUGUUAAUUGCCAAUCAGCCAAAGGCAAACAAUGAACAGAGCAGAGUCCCGCAGUUGGCUUAAUGAGUACGUGGACUCCCAUUGCAAUAGGCGUAAUGCUAUCAAUUGUUAUAGCAUGGCAGCCAUGACUAGUAGUGUUCUGUUCUUUUAUUUAAUUCAUCCUCCGUCUAUAUUUAACAUUCCACUGUUCUGGGUCUGUGGUCUGUGUACUACAAUUCUUAUAAACUGAAGAACUUGUUUUGGUGUAAGUUUGGAAUAUGAAUAAAGUUUUGGAAACUAAAUUCAA